UCAUGGGUGUACACGACAACCCCAGCUACCACGUCACGCAGUUGUCACAUCGCGAUAUUUUUGUGGCUCUUUUUAGGGUGUGUGCAUUCUUUAUUUGUGUUGUGCUACUUAUGUGGAUUAUUAGGUGAUAUUUCUCUUUUUACUGGAUAGAGAUUCCAAGCCGCCAAGAUGCCGAAAUCUAUACUUGGCUAUAUAAGCAACGCACUUGAUAUAGGCGGAAAUGAUAACAUUCUGAUGAACGUCCGCGUGACGACGAUGGACGCGGAGCUGGAGUUCGCGAUCCAGCAAACAACGACCGGCAAGCAGCUGUUCGACCAGGUCGUCAAGACCAUCGGCCUGCGCGAGGUCUGGUUCUUCGGACUCCAGUACACCGACUCCAAGGGUGACCUCACAUGGAUCAAACUCUACAAGAAGGUGAUGCAACAGGACGUCAAGAAGGAGAACCCCCUGCAGUUCAAGUUCCGCGCCAAAUUCUACCCCGAGGAUGUGGCCGACGAGCUCAUACAGGAGAUCACACUCAAGCUCUUCUACCUUCAGGUGAAGAACGCGAUCCUGUCGGACGAGAUCUACUGCCCGCCGGAGACGUCGGUGCUACUCGCAUCGUACGCGGUGCAGGCGAGACACGGCGACCACAACCCCGCGCUGCACGGCGCCGGCUUCCUGGCCAACGACCGUCUGUUGCCGCAGCGCGUCACCGACCAGCACAAGAUGUCCCGCGAAGAGUGGGAGCAGAGCAUCACGAAUUGGUGGCAGGAGCACCGCGGCAUGCUGCGCGAGGACGCCAUGAUGGAGUACCUUAAGAUCGCGCAGGACCUCGAGAUGUACGGCGUCAACUAUUUCGAGAUCCGCAACAAGAAGAACACCGAGCUCUGGCUCGGCGUCGACGCUCUAGGGCUCAACAUCUACGAGAAGGAUGACAAACUGACCCCAAAAAUCGGGUUCCCGUGGUCGGAAAUCCGGAACAUCUCGUUCAACGACCGCAAGUUCAUCAUCAAGCCGAUCGACAAGAAGGCGCCGGACUUCGUGUUCUUCGCGCCCCGUGUGCGCGUCAACAAGCGGAUCCUCGCGCUGUGCAUGGGCAACCACGAGCUGUACAUGCGCCGGCGCAAGCCUGAUACCAUCGACGUGCAGCAGAUGAAGGCUCAAGCCAGGGAGGAGAAACUCGCCAAACAGGCUCAGAGAGAAAAGCUGCAACUUGAGAUUGCGGCCCGCGAGCGCGCCGAGAAGAAACAACAGGAGUACGAGGACCGACUGCGGCAGAUGCAGGAGGAGAUGGAGCGCUCACAGGCAAAUCUGAUGGAGGCCCAGGAUAUGAUCCGAAGGUUGGAGGAGCAGCUGCGUCAGCUCCAGGCUGCCAAGGAGGAGCUGGAGAGACGCCAGAACGAACUGCAAGCCAUGAUGACGCGCCUCGAGGAGACCAAGAACAUGGAAGCGGCAGAGCGCGCCAAGCUGGAGGAAGAGAUCCGCACGAAGCAGGAGGAGGUGCAGCGCAUCCAGCAGGAGGUGGAGGUGAAGGACACGGAGACGCGCCGCCUGCAGGAGGAGGUCGAGGAGGCGCGCCGCAAGCAGGACGAGGCGGCGGCGGCGCUGGCGGCGGCCACGACCCCGCAGCACCACCACGUGGCGGAGGCGGCGGGCAACGGCGCGGGCGGCGCCGACGACGCGGGCUCCGACGGCGGCUCCGACUCCGGCGGCGGCGGCGACCUCACGCGCGCGCCCGACGACCUCGUCGACCCCGUGGCCGACCGCCGCACGCUCGCCGAGCGCAACGAGCGCCUGCACAACCAGCUCAAGGCGCUGAAGCAAGACCUGGCGCAGUCGCGCGACGAGACGAAAGAGACGGCCAUGGACAAGAUCCACCGCGAGAACGUGCGCCAGGGCCGCGACAAGUACAAGACGCUGCGCGAGAUCCGCAAGGGCAACACCAAGCGGCGCGUCGACCAGUUCGAGAACAUGUAAACACACCGCACACCACACAACACGCGCUAUUUGCGAGCUGAACACUCACCCGAAGGAUUUAAUGAGAACCCAUCUAGUUGACAAUAAACACAUACAGCAUAAAUAAUACACACUUAAAUCCCGAGGUGCUGAGACCUUUUCAACUCCCAAAUAGUCUAGAAUUGGCGUGAGAAAUAGCCCCUUAUAGACUUCGACAGUCUGUUAAAAGUUAUUCGAGACAAUGUAAGCUAUGGAUAAGUGUACACAAUUAUAGUCUUUACGACACCGGUAGAAAGGUUAUAAUUGUUUCGAGCGACACGCACGGUCUAACGAUUCACCUGACCCGAAUGCAUUUAAGUGCCAAAAGCAUGUUACGUUGUUUUGAAUUUUAUUACCCUUAAACUCCUGUUGAAUAUGUUGCAUUGUAAAAGUUAUGAUUGUCUCAUAGCGAUUGUGUUGGACCGGCGUGUAAUUGACAAUGAUAGAUGUUAUUCGUAGGAGAUCGAGUAUUUUUACAUUUUUAUACACCGUCCAGGCAAACGAUUACCUUUGCCGCGUGAAGAGAUUGUCGCAUUAUAUUAUACAAGUGAAGUGGAACGCUGGUGCUUACGUGUGUGUCACGAACAAGCGGACUCGUCGCCGUCGUAGUCGGGAUUAUGUAAAUAUUGAUUAUUACUUAAUAGUAAUUUUAUUUUAGACCAUAAUGUGCUAUAACCGAAUAUGUAUACAUCGUACUAGCAGGGAUCAUGUUCUACGAUAACAUUUUAACAACGCAAAAAUCAGACAUAAGGCACACAGAUUUGUUUUAUUGUAAUUUUAAGCGAUUUGGAUUUUAUUCUAUAACUAAUGUUAUAUCGGGAGUAACACGUGAGUCAUAAAUUAAAGAGCUGUGUGCUUCAAGUUAUGCAGUAACUUUUUUAUUUGUGGUAGAUACGUUUAUUAUAGUUUGCCUGUUGAUUAUUUAGUGAUACGUGUUGUAUGUAUCGUACCGAGUGUCUAGUGUCGAGGAGGCGAUGUGUCGGGAGCGGGUCACUUGUGUUCAUGAGUAGCGGAGGACAGAGCACUUCGAAUACCAGCGAGACUGACUUACAUUCAAUAAAUAUGUCGUGUGAAACACCAAUAUUUUUGAUGAUACUUAAAUUUUGCGAGUAUUGCUCAAAAACAGUUAAUAAAAUGAUGUCCGAAGUGUCUGAGCGGAACAGUAGUGGGGUGAAAGGGAGGGGGCGCUGCCCCUUAUUUAUUUUUAUAAUCAUUUAUAUUUUAGAUAUAGGAGUUGAAUUAGAGCUUCAAGUGUAAUUAUCAUUUCCGAAUCAGUCUCUUCGUUGUUUAAUACUUGAUGUUCUGUAAAUUUAUGCUGAUAUUAUGUUAUAUAACUUUGUGUAGUCGGUAUUUUAGUUCGCCUAGCUCGCGCAGCGCGAGGAUGCCACGAUUAAACUCACACCAUGUCGGCCUUUCAAAUCUAUUCCUACUUCUUCGUCUUGAACAAAAUUCGAAAUAGCUACUAAAAUAUUUAAUUGUAUGCUUAUAAGAAGUGUAUAAUGUUAUUUUUUAAGUAAUAAAAGGCAUUCCAUAAGUUACAAUGCGGUGGCGUUUACUCGAUUUCGAUAAAAUUAUAAAUAGUUGCAAUAUUUUCGCGUUUUGUUGAAACAUUGUGCCAUCCGUCGCACGGCCCGCGGCCGGCGCCGCGGGGCCCACACCAGUAUUGAGCUAUUUAUCUCGUCAUUAUUUUCUAAAAUUAUACAAUACCAUGUUGCCUUUCAAUCUAGGAUGAAAUUUUUUUCCAAUAAAACGUUAAGUAAAUAAAA